UGUUUUUUGCAGUGUAACCACAAGAUGAGCAGGAGGUGGCAGCAGUUCACCGUUUUUGAGUGUAGUUCCCUUAACACUAGGAAGCGAUAUGUCCCUGACCAAUAUGGCGGCCGUGUUCACGUAUGGCUGUGGCGGGCUUCGACAAGACGUCACCGGAAGCAGCAUUUGUUUACCUCUGGAGACCUCAAAGACUCCGGAAUCGUAAACCUUGUCGCCCAACUGACUUUGUGAACUGAACGGUUACGACAACAUGGCUUCAAAUUUAGAAGAGGAACUGUCCUGCCCCGUUUGUCGGGACAUCUUCAAAGACCCCGUCCUCCUGUCCUGCAGCCACAGCUUCUGCAGGGCCUGUCUGAGCAGGUGGUGGAGGCAGAAACAGAUCCGGAAGUGUCCGGUCUGCAACUGCGACUCCGACCGCAAGGAGCCCACGUGCAACCUGGUGCUGAAGAACACGUGCGAGGCUUUCCUCCUGGAGCGUGAAGAUGUCUGCCAGCUGCACUCAGAGAAACUGAAGCUGUUCUGCUUGGACCACCAGCAGCCAGUGUGUCUCAUCUGCAGGGACUCCAAGCAGCACAGCGGCCACGUCUUCCGGCCCACAGCUGAGGUGGCGCAGGACCGCAGGGAGGCGUUGCGGAAGUCCAUCAUGCCCCUCCAGGAGAAACUCAAGCUUUUCACAAAAGUCAAGGAAGACUUGGGCCUGACCGCCCAACACAUUCACUCCCAGGCCCGACUCACCGAGGCCAGGAUACGGAAGGAGUUCAGGGUGCUGCAGCGGGUUUUGCGUGAUGAAGAGGAGGUCAGGAUGGCUGCGGUGAAGGAGGAAGAAGAGCAGAAGAGUCUGAAGGUGAACGAGAAGAUUAAGGUUCUAGACGAAGUCAUGGCUGCUCUUUACGACACCAUCAAAUCUGCAGAGAGGACGCUGAGAUGUAAAGAUGCUGCGUUCCUGCAGAGCUCCAGCGCUGCAGGAACGGAGCAGCAGCGCCCCCUGCCGGAGCUGCCCCAGCCGACUGCAGGAGCAUUAAUGGAUGUGGCCAAACACCUGGGCAACCUGCGCUUUAAUACCUGGAAGAAGGUCAAACACGUGGUGUCCCGUACGCCAGUGAUUUUGGACCCAAACACGGCCGGACCGGGGCUUUUCAUCUGUGAGGAUCUCGCUGCGGUGAGGCGGGGAAGCAGACAGAAACUUCCUGGGAAUCCCGAGAGGUUUGAGUCGGAGGGGAUCAUUUCGGCCUCCAGGGGCUUCACUGCGGGCAUCCACUUCUGGACCGUGGAGGUGACAGACUGCAGCAGCUGGUUCGUUGGCGUUGCAGAAGAGUCGUUCAAAAGGAAGAAACCGAUUCAGUUAAGGUCAGGAUUGUGGGCUGUUUGUUUUUCCAAAGAAAAAUAUUCCUACUUGUCCCCAGGAGCGCCCGCCAGCUUCCACGUUACAGGAAAGCUGCAGGCUAUCCGGAUCCAUCUGGACCUGGAGAGGGGAAAACUGUCCUUUACCGACCCAAAAACCCUCAAGCACAUCUGCACCUUCUCACACAGCUGGUCUGAGAAAAUGUUUCCGAUCUUUAACGUGGGAGGCGUCAAAUCGAUGAAGAUAUUACCGUCAGAGUGCGGCGGGCCGGACGACGAGGAGUAGGACACCAUUAAGUGGCUCAUCCUAACGAACUAAAGCACAUCAGGAGACGUACGGGAGAAAAUGUUAGCCUUAUGGAAACGGAUGUAUUUAGCAAAAAUGCUAUGAAAACAAUCGGCAGUGAUCAACAGCCGGAUGUUACUACUGGUGUCAACAGCGAAGAAGAAUUUUAGGAUGGUGAAUAUGUUUUAUUUUAUUUUAGAACAAUGUGCUGCUGGCUCCAUCAUAGUUCUCACAGCAUCACGGUUUAUAAACAGUUGUGCAUCAUUCCAUCGUGUUGAAUCCAUAGCUCUAAUGUAAAAUGGCUGACUGUUUCCCGAAGCUCACGUUUCCGACUCCAAAAUAGGCGGGGCUUGUUGUUCAAACCUGAGUAAGACAAAAACGUUUCCUCUGAUGGCUAGUAGACGAUGAGCGCUACUAGCUCAUCGUCUACUAUGAGCUAGUAGCUCAUAGUAGACGAUGAG